CGCGGGGGCAAGAUGGCGGCGCCCAGUCCCAGCCCGGGGCGGCCCGGUCACACUUUCCCCUUCCCCUUCCCGGGCUCUCCGAGCGACCAUCCCGCGGGCGAGGAGCCGCCGUCGGAGGAGAAAAGGCGGAAGAAGCCGCCCUGCCGGGCCUGUACCGACUUCAGGAGCUGGAUGCGGGAGCAGAAGAAGCAGGCGGGCCCGGAAACAAAUGUCAAGGAAUCAACAUCUGAUUGCCCCCUAGACAAAGAAGAACUGGGGAGAUGUUCAUGGUCAUUUCUACACACGAUGGCAGCAUUUUAUCCUGACCGGCCCAGUAAAAUCCAGCAGCAAGAAAUGAUACAGUUUAUCCAAUUAUUUUCUAAAGUUUUUCCUUGUGAUGAAUGUGGAGAAGAUUUCAGGAAUAGAAUACGAAAAAAUCAACCUGAUGCCAGCAACAGACAUAAUCUGACGCAGUGGUUUUGCCGGAUUCAUAAUGAGGUAAAUAAGAAGCUGGGGAAACCUGAAUUUGACUGCUCUCUUGUAGACGAACGAUGGCGAGAUGGAUGGAAGGAUGGAUCCUGCGAUUAGAUCUGCUGGAUAUUUUUCCAACUUGAUUAAAAAAAUCAACAAAACACCACAAAAUCAAUGCUAUUAUGGACCUUUCCUAGAGACAAAAUUGUACAUAUGUAUUAAUGGAGGUGAUGGAAACAGGCAGAAGGGUUUUGAUAUGUAUUUUCUGUUUCUGGUUUUGAAAAUUUAAUAUUGAACACAUCUCUGUGUUAUAUGAUGCCUCUACCUGUUGAUUGUGCUGUUUCCUGACCAUUUCAGUUAUUUCAAAUACCAGCAAACGCUGCCUUCAGAACUCUAGACGAUACUUGAAGAAACCAUUCUGAACAUGAAGACACUGUACUUACUCAGCUCAGUGCUGACUUAGUCCCUGGAAGUCUGAGAUAUUCCAUUUGCAACUAUUUGUAGCCAUCUGAUGAUGAUGAUGACGACGACGACGACAUCAUUUGCCUUCAUUUUGCUGCUUGCAUUUUUGUGUUCAGCAGAUUUUUUUCCCCUCUCCUUAAAGCCUAGAAUACUUUUUCAAUUCUAUUUUUUAAAAAGUGCUACAAUAUAAAUUGUUAGAAAACUGUGCCUGCUUACAUUUCUACUGCAUAUACACAGUAGGAAAAGAUCUCUCAUUUUAAGGUGUGAGCAGUGGGUAUGUUCUUUUCAUUUUCCUCUCUGGCCAGACUCAGCAAAAGAGGACAGUGUAGAUUAGAUUACUUAUGAUUAAUGAAAUAAGCACACGGAAAUCAUGAAGGGGGGUCAUGUUUUAUAUCAAAAUGCACAGCUGCUAGGAAUGGUGGUCUGUGAAGGUUAUAUUCGCUCCACAUAAUGGGAAAUUGCCGAGUUCCCAUUUCAAGUAAGUGUUCUUUUUAUCUAUAAGAACUUUGUGUGUCCGAAGUCUCAUGACCUGGAAGUAGGAAAUAAAUGUGCUCUGAGAUAGCACCUUGUGAAUUGCGUUUUGUGGCAUGAUGUCCUGACCCAUGCUGGCUACAAUAAACUGUCAAUGGUUGCCUUGUGAGGAGAGCAGAAGGUUGGAGUAAAGAGAUAAGAAGAAAGGGCAUGAACUCUCUCCCUUACAGCUACAGAAAACUUUCAGGUUUUAUGUUAUACCACAGCAUAUAAAGUCACAAAUGAAAUUCAGAUACUGUGCAUAUGGGAAGCCAUUGGAUGUUUAGAGGUAACCAUGACUGUUUAUAUACCAUGAGCUUUUGAGAAGCUUCUUCUGGGAAGAAAUUUAUGGUUUAUCUUAGUUUCCUGUUUUACCUUAAUAUGGGAGACUUUGGCUUGAACGUACAAUAUUUAACUGCAAAGUUAACUGUGACUUAUCGAACCUUGUUAACUAUAGUUAUAGAUUUUAUAUAACUAUAAAACUAGUUUUUAUAGUUAUAUAAAAUCUAUAACUAUAAAACUAGUUUUUAUAGUUAUAAAACUAGUUUAUAUAGUUCUUAUAUAACUAUAUAAAAAGAGAAUUCAUCUCUCUGUGUUGGCUAUACUUUUCAUGAUCUAUUAAAUGUGUAGCUUUUGGAGAUCUUACUGGGAUGUGUUAACAUGAAUAUUAUCAUUACAUUCAUUUUACUCAGGUUGGCUAAGAUCCAGUUUUAUUUGCCCAAGCAAAGCGGGUCCCGUUAAUUAACUUAGAGUGAAUAGACACGCAGUUGUGCAAAGCAGUGAAGAACUGCUGACCCAGACUAUUUUUUAAAAAACAGGACUAGGGUCUUAGUAGGGUAUCUGGCUACCAUGUCCUCAGAAGAAAAAAUUCAUUGUUAAAUCCAUUUGUUACUGACUUAUAAACAGAAUGCUUCCAGAUAUAAACAGAGCUGCAGGCACCAAACGGUCUGCCUUUCUUCCUCUAUUUACUGUGCUUUAGUAUCUGGAAACUUACAGCAGAGGAAUAAGGCGGCUGGUGAUGAAAUGGCAUCUGGUCCUUGUCAAAGGGCGUCCUUCCUAAAAGCAUUUAAAAGUACAGCCAUGCCCUGUGGUCAAGGAUUUGGCAAACACUACACAGCUCUACUACUACAGUCAAAUGGAUUUUUGAUGAAGGAAACAUCCAGCAUUUUGCAUCUAAGAUAAUAAAAAAUUUCUGUUUACGUUUGGUGUGCUUUUCAUUGGUCAAAAACACUGAUUAUUUGAAUGCACUUGAUGAAGGCAAUUUUAAGUGUGUCUCAGAAUUAAUUUAUUUUGUUCCUGCUGACCAAAUAAUAAAAGUAAAUAUUCA